AUGUCUGUGAUUCUUUGCACAGCGGGCUACGAUCACACGAUCAGGUUCUGGGAGGCUCUCUCCGGCAUUUGCUCUCGCACAAUCCAACACCCCGAUUCUCAGGUGAACCGCCUCUGUAUCUCCCCCGACAAGCGCUUUCUCGCUGCCGCAGGCCACCAUACGGUCAAGCUCUAUGACAUCAAGUCGACGAACCCGAAUCCGUUGCUGACAUUCGAGGGUCACACGGGAAACAUUACUGGCGUUGCCUUCCACUGUGAGGGCAAGUGGAUGGUCACCAGCUCUGAGGAUGGCACAGUCAAGAUCUGGGAGACGCGCAGCGGCCAGGUUCAGCGCAGCUACAACCACGGCUGCCCCGCCAACGAUGUCGUGAUCCAUCCAAACCAGGGUGAGAUCAUAAGCUGCGACCGCCAGGGCAGCGUCCGCGUCUGGGACCUAGCCGAGAACAACUGCUCUCACCAGCUGAUCCCUGAGGAAGAUGUCUCUGUCUCGAGCGUCACUGUCGCCAGCGAUGGUUCGCUGCUGUGCGCCGCGAACAAUGGCGGAAACGUUUUCGUGUGGCAGCUGCUGCAAGCUUACGAUCGAACACAGCUCCUUCCUGUGACUCACUUCAACGCGCACAAAGAGUACAUCACGCGCAUUCUACUUUCGCCUGACGUCAAAAAGCUCGCAACCUGCAGCGCCGACCACACCGCCCGCAUCUGGGAGGUAAAGGACCUUGAGCCUGCCGCCGACCAGGAGCCCAAGCCCUUCCCACUCGAGGCGACACUCACAGGCCACCAGCGCUGGGUGUGGGACUGCGCGUUCAGCGCCGAUUCGGCUUACCUAGUGACGGCCUGCUCUGACCACUAUGCCCGGCUCUGGGAACUCCACAGCCAGCAGAUCAUCCGCCAGUACAACGGCCACCACCGAGGUGCGGUCUGCGUCGCCCUCAACGACUACUCGGAGUCUACUAGGUAA